AUGGUGUUCGAACACCAAAAUGCUCUCUAUCUCAUUUAUGCUACUUUUGCACGCAUGGAGAACGGCGUUGAUCAGCGCUCCAUUACCGACUAUAACUUUGUUGGUGAUUUACAAUGGUUAAUUCCUCUCAGCACUCAAAACAAUUGCCAGGACUUCCAGAUCGAUCCCUGCCAACGCGCUUACGUUCACCUCUCUGGACCAGUGACCAAUGUUCACAAGGAGUCUGAAACUUUCAAACUCGAUGUCGAACAUUACAUCUCCGCCUUCAGAGACUUGAACAAUUCAAACUCCAAACCCACUGGCAUCAAACCUAUCACUAGUGGCUACCACUAUUUAUGA